UUCCCAAUUAAAAUUACCAAUUUCUCCCUCCCUCUUUCAGAACUUCAACCAAGGCGUGUGUCUUGCACGGCGUCGUUUCAUCUCUCUCUCCGCUCUGUUCUGCAACAAAAACAAAAAACAAAAAUCGAAAGCAUUUCUCUUUUCUACUCCAUCUCUGCCUUCACCUACCUAUUAUCCCUUCUCCGAUCCUCUCCUCUUCCUCUCUCUAUCUCAGAUCUUCAGGUUAUUGAAGGUAGAAAUGGAUAAUUUCCUUGGAGGCUUUACAGAGGAUAUCCAAAGAUGCCCAUUCUUGAGGAAUAUUAAUGAGCCGACUCAUUUCUCAUUUUCCUCGUCCAUGGCAUUCCCCAUGCCUGUACGUGGAGCUAAAGGGCCAAUUUUUGAAGAUGGUCCCAAUUUUGAUAUGGCAUUUAGGCUUUUCCAUGGUCGAGAUGGAGUGGUUCCACUCUCUGGAAGAUCUAUGCAUCCAGAGAGUGUAGAACUCAAACCAGCCCCAUCGCAGUUCAAUCCUCUAGCUGCAAAAGCUGCCACUAUUAGUCUCUCUUCCUUCGGACCUGGAGGUCCCUUCAGCUUUGAUUCAUUUUCAGACAAGUGGAAAAAUCAGAAAAAGAAAUUUGAGUCAUCCAAGAAAGAGUCUUCUUCAAAGGGUGGAAAUUCACAUGAAGCUGUGGGUAAUGAGUGGCUGCAAAUGGGGAACUGCCCAAUUGCAAAGUCGUACCGUGCUGUUAGCAAUGUCAUACCGCUUGUUGCGAAAGCUCUUCAGCCCCCACCAGGCAUGAAAUUUAGAUGUCCACCAGCCGUAGUUGCAGCAAGAGCAGCCUUAGCAAAGACUGCAUUUGCAAAAAAUCUCCGCCCCCAACCGUUGCCAGCAAAAGUACUUGCAAUCGGUCUACUAGGCAUGGCAGCAAAUGUACCUUUAGGAAUAUGGAGAGAACACACUGAAAAAUUCUCACCCUCUUGGUUUGCUGCCGUUCAUGCAGCUGUUCCAUUUAUAGCUAUGCUGAGGAAAUCCAUCUUAAUGCCAAAAUCAGCAAUGGCAUUUACAAUUGCAGCAUCGGUCUUAGGCCAGGUUAUCGGCUCAAGGGCAGAGCGAUUCCGACUCAAGGCAGUAGCUUCGGAAAAACUAACCCUCCAAGAUUCAAUCGGCAAAUCGACCCCUUUUCCGGUAGUUACUGUGAAAAACGGUCAUUGUGGCGACAUUGAGAGCUGGAAUCCAGUUACCACUCUUCAGGUAGCAGGUCCUCCGUCACCAACCAACAUACCUUGCUGAUCUCUCCUUCACCAUUUAUUGUGAGUGUUCUUCUUUGUAUCCUAUUGUGUUUAAUUCUCCAUUAUACACCAGUUUGUUCAUUUGGCAGUAUUUGACAGUUCAAAGUAUAAAUUGAUGAAAUAAAAAGUGUCUUUGUGUGUGUAUUAAA